UCCUAGUGUCUCUCCGUCUCUCUCCUACCAGGCAGCUGAAAGGACAAAACUUGGAAAAAGAAAAGCCUCUCUCUUGUUUUAUAAGACGUAUCUCAUGCAUUGAUCACCCUCGGGUAUGCUAACCUACUUCCAAAUAUGGGUUCUUCAAUGGGUUCAUACAAGCUAAAUACACGUUGUGUUAGCAGUGGUGACCAGGGAUCAAGCGGAUAUGGAGGAAUCUUGAGGGACGAAAAUGGGUGCUGGAUCAGAGGGUUUACAGGUCAUCUUGGAACUGCUUCAAUGUGCAUUGAAGCUGAAUUAUUAGCCAUUUUAAAAGGAGUCGAGUUAAUUGAUUGCUUAAGAUUACAAAACACCACAUUGGAAACUGAUUCUUUAGAUGCUUUCAAAGCUCUUGAGAAACCUGAUAUGUAUACAAGAAGCUCAGUUUGGAUGGAAAAGAUCUCAGAUUGCCUAAAGCUGGUCAAGAAAAACGAAAUUACUCUCAGUUCCAUAACUCCUGAAGAAAACAAGUGUGCAAGGUUUCUUGCACAACUUGCCAUGGAUGAAGAAGAAGAUGAUGAUGAUGAUUAUGCAGAUGUACUUGAUCCUCCUCCAGGCAUUGAAAGUCUCAUUAUGGCUGAUAAGCCCAAAUUGUCCAAUGAUUAGACUUAGUUAUUCAUUGGUUACAUGCUAUUUUUUUUUCUGUGAAGAUGUUAUGUGUAAUGUUGUUUUGAUUCUCAUGAAAUCUGGAUUCGACCUUUCUACA